CUGUAAUGCAGGUGAGCACGGGUUGAAAAAGGAGACGAAGAGACACAAAACUGGCGUUUUAAAGUUAUUAUCCGAGAGCUUUCCUUUAACAUCUGAGUGAAUUUUAGCGAAUCAAACCCUGUUUAAAGUUUAAGGAUUUAAACAUCACACCGAAAGCUUGACUGUGGUCAUCGUCUCGGAUCGUUUUUCCCGUUUUUGGAGCCACAUUUCUGUCCGUGGAACGCGCGCCCCCGUGCAGCGCUGCGUGAGGGAACGCAUCAUUGCUGCGUUGUGAACGCGCCAAUCUCCGCUGCAUUCUCCAUCGGGUCCCUCAGUAUUUUCUAUCUCACACACUCCGACUCGCUUGCUCUUUGUCUUCACACCGGCACCGAGCCGGAGUUGAUGCCCUGUUAAGCCGACACCGAGAGCGCGCAGCCCGGGGCCGGCGGAGUCCACUGAGCGGUGCCAGCAUGAAGUUUUGGGGACCGUGUUCGGUUGGAUUUUAUAUCUACGCGGCUAUUCUUUUCAAAGAAGAAGCCGCUAUCCAGACUGAAGGCGACGUCGCAGCACCCUCCCUCCAGUCGCCUCUCAGGUAAACGCUGCACUGUCGCAACCUUUGCUGUACUUUUUGCUAUUCGCACUGUUAGCUCGUCAGUUGCAAUGCAGUGCAUUUACAUGCAUUUUGGGAUUUUACUGAGAGGAAAGCAAAGUUUACGUUGCCAUACACAUGAAAGAAAGAUCCUGUUGCCUUCCACACGGUGAGCUAUACAGUUUAUUGAUUAAACACUUGAAUGCCGAUAGCCAAAGCCCAGGUAUUGUUAAAGUUGGAUUAGUGAUUGGCUGAUAGAAAUAAUCACAUUUUGAUCUGCAGCUUUAAAUGAACUAUCUAACAAGGCAUUUGCUGCAGGAUCAUGGUAAGGAAGAGAGCAGCAUGCUUUGUGGAUCUCAUUGGGAGCCACGUGAGACUUUUGGCGUUGGGAUUAUAGAACCAGCUAGCUAGCAGCUAGCAGAGUGUAUGUUCACAUUCACUAUACAGUUGAUAAGCAGCUUUAACGUGUCGUGGGAAACACACCACAACAUCAAAACGCGUCCAUUUAGGGCAAUUUAGUUCCCUUGAAAUAGUAAAUAUAACUGUGACGUCUUAGUCUGCUCACAGCUGUGUAGAUGAGGAUGUAGUGAAUUGGACUCCUCGGGCAGUGGACAUUAUUCAUUUUGGAUUAGACCAAACAGCUCUGUUUUCAGGUGUAGACAAAAAUUCACAAUAUGUACCCGCUAAUUAAUUUAUUUUCCUGAGCUUCAAUGGUAGGAGGGAAGUAGUCUGGCGCAGAUGUUGAGAUAUCAUCAGUUUCAUUUCAAUGAAUGCCUUACCUCCUUCCACGUCUUCCGCUCCCUUUUAUUUAUUCUCUGUUCGUCUCACCGUCUGCUUGCCUCUUAUUUUUUCCACCGUCAACAAGAAAUACUUCCCCAGAUUCCAUGAUCUUUAAUAACUUUUAUGUUAAAUGAUCUUUGAAUGGCCUUUCUCUGCAUUUUCGUCGUGUGCUGUUCAGUCACUUCCAUUCAUACGGCAUCAGUUCCUGAUGAAGUGUGGUGCUCUCUUAAAACUGUUUUAAUAAAAAAAAACAUGUGCACACCAUGUCCGAUUGGGCUCAACAUGGUGUAGGGAUGUGGUAGCCCGCGGCAACACAAACUCCAGGAUUAGGAUUAAACCUCCAGUGGUUUUAGAGCUCUCAGCCUUUGACCGUGGAUUAUAAAUCCCAUCCAACCAAAACUCCAUUAAGACACAACACCGUGCGCUGUGAUCUCGCCCCAUCGCCGCAGAUUGUCACAUGAUGAUGGAAACGUUACGCUGACGGUUUGUGCUGCGACUCUCAGUCGCUUUAAGGGUCGCACUCACACACACAAAGAAACACACAAACACACACACGGUAAGGAGUGUAAGCACGGAGGCCCAUUUACUUACAGAGAUAUCCUCAAAGAGACAGAGUCACACAAUGGGAACUGUGCACAAAGCAGGAAAAAAGUGUUUAAUCAGUCAAUUAGAGCCUAAUCAUGAAUUAGCAGAGAAUAAUCAAUUGAAUGAUGUUCAAUUUUUAGCUCUUGUGAAAAUAAAAACUGAACGUAUCAAAACUAAGCAUCAUUAGAAAGCAGUGUAACAUGAUUAAAAUAACUUUCUUCAUGACAUUUUAGAAUGUUCAGAGCAUUUUAAAGAUUAUUGCGUGACUAUGCACACCUUCUUUAAGAUGUAGAUUUAAAGCUGCUGAACAUCUGGAUUCUUCACUGCUGACCUCCCCUGACGCUUCCCCUUUCUAAGUGAUUGGUAGUGAAACAACAAGGUCUUAGACCAUUACAAUGUAGAAGGGACCUUAAUUUGAAUUGACACUAUGUUCAUUUCAGAGGUAGACGGGUGUGUGUAGGUUUCUUGUGUGUAGGUGUGAAUGCAUACUUACACAACUACGUCAGUUAUCCAGUUAUUUGCCACAAUAUAAAGAGGGAUGAAUUGUCUCUUUUAUAUAUAUGUCUCUUUUUUAGUAUACAAUAUAUACUAUAUUGUAUACUAAAUUACCAUCGGUAAGACUAGCAUGUAAGUUGUUUUAUUUAUUGAUAUUUUUGAUAAAUUAAAAAAUAUCGAAAAAUAAUGACGAUCAAAUUAUGUUUCUGUGUGUUUUUGUAAACAGAAUUUACAUAAAUACAUUUUUAUUUGAAUUAUGAUCGUAACCUCCACGAUCAUAACUUUUGUUCUAGUCUGUGUAUUAUUCGAGCUCACAGGUGUACAUUUUAAUUUGGCAGAUGUAGCUGUUCAGCCAAGCAAAAUUAAUUGUGUUGUUUGCAUUCAGUAAUAUACAGCAGCUCUCUCCACAUCGCCAUUGUGUUGCAUAUUUGCAUCAGAAUGGCUGUAGCUGUACAGUCUUUGUGGGGGUGUUGAAUGUCCCGCCCCUCUGGGAAUGCCUGUCUGUCUGCAGAACCACCCCACCCUGGUUCUCUAGUGCCUUUGACCCAGAGCACCCUGGGUUCAGAGCCCUGCUCUGUUCCAAAUUGGAUAAUAGAUUCCUCUAAAUAAUAAAGUUGUGUUUCACACUAUAUUCUUUCCAUGGUAGUAGUGGGGAAAGCCUCUAAAGAAAUAGCUUACUUUCAGCGUACAGAUUAAGUUAAAUGUAUUGUACACUGAAGGAUUUGAUUUGAUUCUAACAGCGUGAUUGCAUAUUGCAACCAAAUGUAUCCCCCACUUCUCACUCCUCCCUUUCCAAGACUGUGGCAAAGCAUGUGUGUGUGUGUGUGUGUCCUGGAUGGGUUUAGCUGAGCUCAUCAGGGGCAUUAACCCCCCUGCCCCCCCCUGAUGUAAGAGGUGAUCAUAUAGUGCAUUGCCAAAAAAAAGCUUUCAUGAAUUUUCCUUCUCUCUUCUUUGGGGUGUUUGUGAGGUUUGCGUGUGUUUGUGUGUUUGUGCGUCUUUGAGCGGGAGAAGGAGAGCCGGUCCCUCAGGCCGCCAGUGUUUGGAUAGCUUGUGUCUGAUGAGUGUAUUUGGAAGCCUCAUCUGAACGCAUUGACCCAGUAAAACAUAUUCAGAUGGGACCAAAUCGCCUGGCUGAAUUUGUGUUGUGUGUGUGUGUUACAGAGAGUGUGAGGGAGAGGAAAAUCAUUGGGUGCAUGCGAGUAUUUGCACGGUUCUUGAUUUUAGGAUGGCACAUUGAAAAAAACAAAAACAAUUCUACUUUUGGCUUUGCAGUUCCCAAACAUCAGCUGUGGAACAAAGUUCACCUUAUUCCAGUUUGUUUGGCCUCACUUGCCCUCAGCUUGACGCUCUUUCUCACAAAUUCUAACCAUUCGUUUGGACACGAUGCUAACUAGUUGGUGACAGCACUGAUUAUUACCCUGAAUCAAAUUAGCUCACAAUGUAAUCAGAUCUAGGAAGCGCUCAUUCUGAUUCAGGACAAGACAAACAGAGUAAGAUAGGAACAAGAGAGACAUACAUGAAGAUCAAAAGAGGGGAUAUCCUAAGAUUUAGAAAGGCUUGUACAGGGAUAAAGGCACUGAGAGAGGUUUAAUCAACAUGGAAACUGUGCAGUAGAAGACUAAAGCAGUGGGUUGUUCUAAAGAGUGGGAUUCCCACGACAAGGAAGGAGAGUGUAAAGAAUUGGGAUUAGCUGUGGAAAGCUUGAAAGGGAGUGAGGAAGGAACUAUUGCAACGAUGUGCGUCUGAUUUCCCCAUUUUUUUUGCACAUUAUAUUAAAAUCAGUGCACUGCAUUUUGCGUUGUGUGGUUAUAAACAGCUCUAUCUCCAUCCAUCCCCAUUUUUAAUGCUAAAUUGGAGAGAUCCGACUUUUGAGAAAAAAAUAUGACACAAGAUGAAUAAACGUAUCCGAUCGUACCGAAGUUUAGUAACGGAAACUUAUAUACUGGUCCAUGAUUCAAGACCCCCCUAAAAGCACAAAGGCAUGACGAUGUCUCCCCCCUCACUCAUCCCCCCCUCUGAUGGAGUUUGUUUGAUGAAGCCUCUCGCUGGGUUUGGGAGACGUCUUCUUGCCGGCUUCUCAUAUCAGCUCCAUUAGAGUGAUGAUUAUAAAAAAAAAGAGAAAAGCUUACAAAACUAAUAAAUGUAUCCCUCCAUCCCUAGCGUGCGCCGCACACGUUUGUGCAUGGAUUUAAGUCGGCUCGGUGGUUUAUUGCAUUUGAUUAUGAAAUAUUUUAUGAGACGAGCAGCAAUGGAGCUUUCCGUUCUCUUUUACUGACAUUAUUAGUUUGGUUGUGUUUGUUUGGAGGUCGGUUUUACAAUUCACAGUAAUAACACACAGGAGAGACACUGCGAGGAGGUUGGCAGGAUAGCAGCUGCAGAUGAGUCGGUAGUUAGAUUUCAGUGCACGUGUGUACGCAAAUUGCAUUGUGCAACAAUGGACAGAUUCGUGACAUUCCGGUGCUGCGUUUAGAUUUAUGGGGAUUGUAUUUUUGCAGAAGCCAUCAGCCAUUAGAUCACUCGUGCAGGCGUCCAAACAAGCAUGCUGACAGACGGAGACAGAAAAAACGUUUUGAUGUGAAAAUGGGUCUUUAUCUGUGGUCCCCAGGAAAAUCCACCGAUCUGUCAACCCAGUUUCCACCUGAGGUACGGUGAGAUGGAUAGACGGACGCAUCGAGAGAGAAAGAGAGAGAGAGAGAGAGAGAGAGAGGCCAAGACAAAGCUGAGCAGCUUCUCUGUCUCUGACCUCCAGCUCAGUCCUCCCAUAACUCUGCUCAUUACCUCCACUCUCUUCACAGCUUUACAAGGCGGAUCCCUGCAAGGAGAACAUCAGAGGAAGUUGUACAAGGAGUUGCUGGCUAACUACAACCGACUGGAGAGACCUGUGAUCAAUGACUCCGCCGCCAUUCUAGUGGAGCUGGGCUUCACACUGCUGCAGAUCAUAGACGUGGAUGAGAAGAACCAAGUGCUGAUGACCAACGCCUGGCUGCAGCUGUACUGGACAGACAUCUACCUGACCUGGAAUCCAGAAAACUACCCCGGGGUCCAGAACCUGCGAUUCCCUUCAGACCAGAUCUGGACCCCUGACAUCCUCCUUUACAACAGUGCGGACGAGCGGUUUGAUGCCACCUUUCACACCAACGUCCUGGUGAACGCAUCGGGUUACUGCCAGUACAUCCCGCCUGGCAUCUUGAAGAGCACCUGCUACAUUGACGUGCGCUGGUUCCCCUUCGACGUGCAAAAGUGUGACUUGAAGUUUGGCUCCUGGACGCACAAUGGCUGGCUGCUGGACCUCCAGAUGCUGGAUGUGGACACGUCCACCUACAUACCCAACGGGGAGUGGGACCUUGUGGGAGUGCCGGCCAAGCGCAACGAGCUGUACUAUGACUGCUGUAAGGAGCCUUACCCUGAUGUGACAUUCACGGUCACCAUGCGCCGCCGGACGCUUUAUUAUGGCCUCAAUUUGCUCAUCCCAUGUGUGCUGAUCUCCGGCUUGGCCCUGUUGGUCUUCCUGCUUCCGGCAGACUCUGGAGAAAAGAUAUCUCUGGGCAUCACUGUGCUCCUGUCGCUAACUGUCUUCAUGCUUCUGGUCGCAGAGAUCAUGCCCGCCACGUCCGACUCUGUUCCUCUCAUCGCCCAGUACUUUGCCAGCACCAUGAUGAUAGUGGGGAUGUCUGUGGUAGUGACAGUUAUCGUCCUGCAGUUUCACCAUCAUGACCCUCAUGGAGGCAAGAUGCCUAAGUGGGUUCGGGUAGUCCUGCUGAACUGGUGUGCUUGGUUUCUCCGCAUGAAGCAGCCCGGCGAUGAGCGUAAGCGGCCUGGUUACAAGUACAGCCACAGCUCCCAGCGCCACACCAGCACCGGCUCUCUGGAGAUGGGCACUGUCCCGAGCCUCUCCACGCCCCUCUCGCAGACGUCCUGCCCACCCUGCCCCGCGGGCGCGUCCAACGGUUCCAUGAGCCUCUACUUCAGCAAUUACCACCCCAUAGCAGGCUCACACUGCCCGUCUACCAGCGACUCCGGGGUAGCGCUGGGGGGGCGUCCCCGUGGCUCCUUGAGUGAUGAGGCCGAGCCGUCCGGAGGAGUUGGCAGUGGCGUCGGAGGCCUCGGGAUGGCGGUCGGACCCGGGUCGGCAGUCGGCGCCCCCCCACCAGAGAUCCUGCGCAUUUUGGAGGAGGUGUCAUACAUUGCCCAGCGGCUGCGGGAUAAGGACCGGGCCGAGGUCAUCUGCAGCGAGUGGAAGUUCGCAGCAGCAGUGGUUGACCGGCUGUGCUUGGUGGCCUUUUCUCUCUUCUCCAUCAUCUGCACCUUCACCAUCCUGAUGGCAGCCCCCAACUUCAUUGAGGCGGUUUCCAAGGACUUCACAUAGCUAGUUGAAGCCACUGAAUGAAUAAGGCAAGAGAUUAAGGUUAAAGAAAAGAGUAAGGAAUUGAAGGGUGAGGUACGUGGUCCCCAGCCCACAGUCCGGGUACCCAAGCUGUGCCAUGCAGUGUUUUAUUAAAAUGAUGAGCUCAAGAAAGUAAAUGGAACCUUGCAAAUCUGUCUGUCGAGCGGCUGAAUCAACCAAUCAAAUCAAACGAUUAUAUUUUGGGAAACAUUUAAAUGACAUUUCAAUUUUUCCAAUAACAUUUUAUGCAAUAGCAUGAAAGGUGGGAACAUUAGAGUCACAAACAUAUGAUUUGCACUGUACCAUAUUGGGAGGUUUAGCAGGAUUCCAAAAGCAUCGUUAAAAGCCAUUAUCUUUUUCGUUUUUGCCUUGCUGUAUCUGCACCACCUGUGGGCCGGAUGGAGGAGAGUACAGAGCUGCUUUCACGUCAUCUGUACACAAUUUACGUGAAAGUAUAUUGGCUUUCCCCACCUACUUUUAAUAAUACUUUACCCAACCACACAGCCUGUCGUACACUCUUUCAACUUGUUAGAGAGUUCAUCAUUCAUUUUAAAAACUGAAUCACGGCUGAUAACUGUCUCUAUCCCGUGUGCACAAAUCCACUCACACAUACAGUAUGUAAAUGAAUCCCCGCAGUCUGAGUUCAUAAUGAUAUUACGGUUAGUUUGAGUUCAUAAUGAUAUUACGGUUAGUUUGAAAUCAAAUGUUUCACUGGGAAUUUUUAUCAAUGUUCAAUCCGAUUUACAAAGCAUUGGAUCUUUCUUCCUCACUAUGCGAUUGCUUAUUUAGCUUCACGUGUUAUUUUGUCUCGCCUCUUUACAUAAUAACACUUUGUGUCGGUGUAAUAAGGUGACAUCCAAUAUUUUGUAUCAAAAAGCAUUGUCUAGACUGGCAUGCACUGAUAUUGACUGCAGGUUUUUUUCUACUUCAAAUACCUUUUUUAAGAUGAAUAGUACAUCUUUUAACUAUGGAAUCUGACGCAAUAUGAAUAUGUCAGAAACAGAUGAAGUACAGGUUUUAGCUGUAAAUCCAUUUCCACGUACCUUGUUUGACUACACUGUACAUACGUGAUCUCUGUAGAUGAAAAGUUACUUUUUAAACACUUCCCAGCCGGCUCUUUGCUGUUAACACAUCCAUUGGUCUCUUUAUUUCUUCCUGUUAUUCCAAGUGUGAGUUUUUGUCGCCUCUAUGUGAUUAAAGUCUAUUUAUUCUCUGUA